CUGUUCAACCAAUGGGCGUCGACUUCCAGCACCUCCCCCCCGCCCCCGUAACGGCGGCUCCUGUCACGGUGAGCGUUUGUAAUGGCGGCAGGUUUGAGUGAAGCACAGCUGGCAGCUCGGGUGAUGCAAAAGCUCUUGAAUCUGAAAUGCCCAUUUCUGGAAGGAAUCAGCAUGAAUGAUUCAGACGCAGUUAUUCGGUUGCUGUGUACACCAGGAGUGGACAGACUUCAAAUCUUAGAAUGGUUAUGCAUCAGCUGCUAUCCACCUCUCGAAAGAAAAUUUGCAGAACUACGUUUUCAUUCCAUGCAAGACUAUGGAACAGACCUUGUAAUAAAAAAAAUGACCUGGCUUGGACAUAACUUGGGAGUCUGCAGUGCUGAGGACUUCGAUCUCUUUUUGGGCCAGGCAAGUCCUUAUAGACAAUUGGUGAUGAUGGAUAAAAUGCUGGGUGGCCUCCAACAAUAUAAACAAAUUACUGCAGCUGCAUCAACAGAUUUAAAAAAUAUUAGUUCUGUUCAUUCAUGGAAUUCCCAGCUGCUGAUUGAAGUUCGAAAUGAUCCUCAUCUUCGUUCGUCAGCAAAUCUGGAGUUCAACCUGUCUCUUGAUGCACACAGACUUCUUAAAAGAGUUGAGGCCAACUUUGAAUCACGAGGAAGAAAGAAAUGCUCGCCACCUUCUAUUAAUUCCAUGGAGAAAUUGUUGAUUAAACUUUCUGAGGAAUUAAAGGAAACAAAUGAACACCUUGAAGAGAUGAAGAAAACAGUUGUUUUCCUGGGCCCCACAGAAAGUAGUGAUACCACUUUUCAAACCUUGAAGCUCACCCUUUCGGACUUCCAUCAGCUGAUGACGGUGUUUUCCCUAACAUUUGAGCAUGAAUUUGGUGUACAUUGUAAUAAGGCACCGCCUCAGCUUUGCAACUUUGGAACACUCUGCAAAACUGUACAUAAGCUCUUGACGUCUUGUAUUGAUGAACUUGCUGCGUUGGCGGAGAUAAGUGUCACAUGCAGAGAGUUGGAGACAAUUGUGAAUGGACUGCAGCAAGAUGUGAUAAACUGGGAAGGUGGUGAAGCUGCUACACUGCCGGUGCGGGUUAAAGAGAUGAAGAAGAAAUACACAGAAUUUCUGGAAGUCUUUCGGAGCCAUGCAUAGUGAAAUUGUUGUUCUGUAUGUACAUAAUGUGUUCUUUCAAUGUUGACACCUGCAAAGAUCUUCUCACUUAUUGUUUGAAAAUAAAACUGUAAGAUUCUAGACUCACUGUACAGUGCAGUGAUUUGGCCCAAAGUUGGUAGUAACAUCCCAUUCACUUUUUUGGCAUGGUAUUUAAAACAGACUACAUGAUUUAAGUGGUGUUAAAUAAGAUUUCCCUAAUUGGUGGAAUAUUGCGUUUAUGCAUUUUCCAGUGGAGCAUUUUUUUUUACACGUUCUAUCAAACGACUUAAGGUCUCUGAAGUGUUGCUGUUUUCUGUUUCAAUUUUCCUGAAACCAGCUUAUUGAAUAAAAUGGCGGUAUAAUUCGUAAUCCAGAGACUCAGGCUAUUGUUUUGGAGACAAGGGUUCAAAUCCCACCACGGCAGCAGGUGGACUUUAAAUUAAAUUAAUACAACUGGAAUAUAAAUCUAGUCUCCGUAAUGCUGACCGUGGAACUAUCAUUUGUUGUUGUAAAAAAAAAAAUCUGGUUCACUAAUGUCUUUUAGGGAAUGAAAUCUGCCGCUCUUACCCGCUUUGGUCUACACAUGACACCAGACCCACAGCAAUGUGGUUGACUCGUAACUGACCCCUAGCAAGCCACUCAGUUCAAAGAGCAAUUGAAAAAAUAAAGAAAAAAAAUACAUUUACAUUCCAAAUGUGCAAGAAUAUGACUUGUCCACGUUCUCUAUUAAACUCUGGGUAGUAUUUUUUAUGCAACUGACCAAAACUUGAAAUAGAAGGUGUUCCAAGAUAAAUAAAAUGUUGACUAAAUUA